AAUGGCGGACGAAGACGUGGUGAUCACGGGCUUCUCGGCCUACUUUCCCCAGGCCAACCACCUGGCCGAGUUUCGGAAGAAGCUCUACGAUGGCGUCGACAUGGUCACCGACGACGAGGCACGUUGGCCCAAAGGGCUGCUUGGCCUUCCCAAACGGUCGGGCAAGAUCCGGGACCUGUCCCAGUUUGACGCGCAGUUCUUCGGCGUGCACCCGAAGCAGGCGCACGUGAUGGAUCCGCAGCUGCGCUUGUUCCUCGAGACGUCCCACGAGGCGAUCGUGGAUGCCGGCUACGACCCGGGCACGCUGCGGGGACGCAAGAUCGGCGUCUUCAUGGGCAGCGGCGAGCCCGAGACCAACGAGGCCUUCAACGUGGACACAAACAAGAUCGACGGCUGCGCCCUGGUUGGUGGCUGCCGGGCCAUGUUCUCCAACCACGUCUCCUACUCACUCGACUUCAACGGGCCGAGCUUCACUGUGGACUCGGCCUGUUCGUCGGCCAUGACGGCGCUCAACCAGGCCAUGCUGGCGCUGCGCUCGGGACAGUGCGAGGCGGCCCUGGUCGGUGGCUGCACGCUCACGCUCAAGCCCGCCACGGCACUACACUUCAACCGCCUCGGCACGCUGUCACCAGACGGCAAGUGCAAGACCUUCGACGCCGACGGGAAGGGCUACGUGAGGAGCGAGGCCGUGGGCGUGUUCUUCCUCCAGCGAGUCUCGGAGGCACGCCGCAUCUACGCCAAGCUGGUGCACGUCAAGGCCAACGUCGACGGCUUCAAGGUCGAAGGCGUCACGUUUCCCUCGGGCCGUGCCCAAGAGGCGCUCCUGCGGGACGUGUACGAGGAGGCCCGGGUGGACCCCCUCUCGGUGUCGUACCUUGAGGCGCACGGCACGGGCACCAAGGUGGGCGAUCCCCAGGAGUUGAGCGGCAUCAGAAACGUCUUCUGCGGCGAGGGACGCAAGGAGCCGCUCCUCAUCGGCUCCGUCAAGUCCAACAUGGGCCACUCCGAGUGCGCCUCCGGCAUCUGCUCGUUGGCCAAGGUGAUCCUGUCCAUGGAGACCGGCACCAUCCCGGGCAACCUGCACUUCAACGAGCCAAACCCGGCAAUCCCGUCGCUGAACGACGGCAGCAUUCGGGUGGUGGACCGACACAUGCCCUUCCCGGGGGGUCUGGUCGGGAUCGACUCCUUCGGCAUUGGAGGCGCCAACGUACACACCAUCCUGGAGGCAAACCCGGGCAACCACGUGGACUCCCUCCCCCGGGAGGAGCCCCAGCUGCCCCGGCUGGUGCUGCUUGCCGGGAGGACCCAGGAGUCGCUCAUGGCCACCCUGGACCGGCUGGAGGCGGACGGACCCUUGCCGGACUCAGCCUACGCCCUGCUCAACCGGGUCGGGCAGCCCAGCGUCAGCCAGUUCCCGUUCCGCGGGUACUCCGUGGUGGCCGUGGACGGCUCCCGCAGGCCCAUGAAGGGGAUAGAGCGUGCCCCGUCUGAGAAGCGGCCGCUGUGGUUUGUCUUCACGGGGAUGGGCUGCCAGUGGAACGGCAUGGCCCGCCAGAUGAUGCAGUUCGACGAGUUUGCCAACUCCAUCCGGCGCUCUCACGAGCUCCUGGUGCCCUUCGGCAUCGACCUCGUAGACCUGAUCACCAGCGACAACGCCAAAAACCAAACGAUGGUGUCUCCCUUUGUCUCCAUCGCCGCCGUGCAGGUAGCGCUGGUGUCCAUGCUGAAGGCGGUGGGGGUGCAGCCGGACGGCAUCGUGGGUCACUCGUUGGGCGAGAUCGGGUGCGGCUUUGCCGACGGGGGCUUCACGGCCGAGCAGGCGGUGCUGUGCGCCUACUGGUGGGGGCACUGCACGGAGCUGUGCAACCUGCCCAAGGGUGCCAUGGCCGCCGUUGGCCUCACCUGGGAGCAGGCGAAGCAGCGUUGCCGCGACGGAGUGGUCCCGGCCUGCCACAACGCGGAGGACUCGGUGACGGUGUCCGGCCCGGCCGAGGCGGUGGUGGAGCUGGUGGCACAGCUCAAGGCAGAGGAUGUGUCUGCACGGGAGAUGAGCAGCGUGGACGUGGCCUUCCACAGCCACUACGUGCAGCCCGUCGGGCCGGUCCUGCAGGAGGUUCUCGAAAAGGUGGUCCCCGAGCCCCGCCCCCGUACGGAGCGCUGGAUCAGCUCGUCGGUGCCGCAGAGCCGCUGGGGGGAGCCGCUGGCCCGGAACUGCUCGGCGGCCUACCACGUGAACAACCUGCUCUCGCCCGUCCUCUUCCGGGAGGCCCUGGAGCACGUGCCCAAAGACGCCAUCGUGGUCGAGAUUGCGCCACACUGCCUGCUGCAGGCCAACCUGCGCCAGGCCCUGGGACCGGAGGCAACCUGCCUGGGGCUGAUGAAGCGGGACGUGGUGGACGUGCCGGCCUUCUUCCUGACCUUGCUGGGCAAGCUGCACGCCAAGGGUGUGCCCCUGCAGCUGGAGCCCCUGUUCCCCCGGGUACCGUGGCCCGUGCCCAGGGCUACGCCCAACGUGGCUCACCUGGUCAGCUGGGACCACUCGGAGUCCUGGUCGGUGGCUACCUACAACGACUUCCCCACCUCGGCUCAAGUGAGUGUUGAAGUGGAGGUGUUUGACCUGGAGGCCGGGGAGAACGACGGCUACCUGGCGGGGCACCAGGUCGACGGGCGGGUGCUGUUCCCGGCCACGGGGUACAUGGUGCUCGCCUGGAAGUUCCUGGCCCAACGGUCGGGCAAGCCUUACACCCAGGUGCCGGUCAUCUUCGAGGACGUCACCCUGCACAGGGCCACCAUCCUUCCCAAGAGCGGCCCAGUGCGCCUCAUGGUGAACGUGAUGCGCGUGUCGGGCGAGUUCGAGGUGUGCGAGGCCGGCACGGUGGCCGCAAGCGGCCGCAUCUUCCUGGCCGAGGAUGGGCAGGAGCUCCUGGACCACGAGGCGCCCUCCGGGCCCCCGGAGACCGUGACCUUCGACCUCGACGCCGAAGACAUCUACAAGGAGCUGCGCCUCCGGGGGUACGAGUAUUCCGGAAGCUUCCAGGGCAUCCUGAAGGCCGACAUCCAGCACCCCUACGGCAAACUCAAGUGGGAGGACAACUGGGUGACCUUCCUGGACACCAUGUUGCAGUUCAGCAGUGUCAGAAACCCUGUGCGCUCGUUCAACCUGCCCGCCAGGAUCCACUCCUGCAAGGUGGAUCCGGCAGUGCAUGCCAAGGUCGUCUGCACUGUAGGAGACCAAGGAGUGGACGUGGUCUACGAGAAGUACCUCAACGUCUGCCGCGCCGGCGGCGUGGCCAUGGAGGGCCUCGAAGCAAACGUGGCGCCCCGCCGGGCUAUGCAACAGGAGCCGUUCCUCGAGGAGUACCAGUUCAUGCCGUACCUGGACGACGAGCCGGCCGGCCGCCAGCGCGAGGCCGCGGUCCGCGAGUAUGUCGAGGUCUGCUGCAACGUGGCCCGCCGCGUGCUCGAGUCGUGCGGCAAGAACAAUGCUGAGAUCUCGGACGUCAUAGGCGGGGUUUGCGAGGUGCCCGAACAGGUUCUCCACAAGUACCUGGAGAGCCUGGCCGAGAACCACGGGUUGUUGCGUGUCCUGGCCAGCGUCCAGAAAGAGGCCGAGAGUUCGGCGGGCUCGCUGGUGGCCACGGUCCAGUCGGUCCUGGCGGCCCACAAGGAGGACCUCGAGAGGGACCUGCUCAACACGGCCCUCCUGGAAGAAGACCCACUGCGGCACCUCCUGGACGUGGUCGUUGAGAACACCGGCGUCAAGAAGCUGAAAGUCCUCGAGAUGGCCGCGGAUGCGGGCCUUUUCCUCCUGGCGCCGCGGGUAUCCGCUCUCCUGUCGUUGUCCCACAUCCUCCUCAAGACGGACCUGACGAUCGCACAUCCGCAGCCGAAUUUCCUGACGGAAGAGCAAGUUCCGGAAGACGCCAAGAAGGUUGCCUGGGACGUGGCGUCUCCGUCGAGGACCGCCCUUCCCGAUGCUGACCUCCUGGUAGCCCGUGCCGCAGCCGGCAGCCAGGCGCUGGAGGCGCUCACGGACGCGCUCGCGGCUCAGUCGAGGGAGGGCGGCUUCGUUCUGCUGUCUCUGCGGACCGCGCUCACGCCCGCCGAGAUGUUCCUGUCGACUGUGGGCAAGGUGCCGCUCCGGGUGCACUCUCGAGACAUCGUCGAGGCUGCCUUCGGGAAGCGUGGCUUCCGGCUCGUGAGCCUCCGGUCCAACAAUGUGUCCGUGCUCCUGCUGUUCAGGAAGAGGCUGGCGACACCAGCCGGUGCAGAAAAGCAGGCGGUGAUCCGGGUCAGAAGUGGCGGGUUCGGCUGGGUGGAAGAAAUCAAAGCGAAGGCGACCGAGUACCAGGAGAGGCCGGCGGGCGAGAACAUCUGGCUGGUGGCCGAGGACGUGGGCUCCAGCGGGGUCGUCGGUCUCACCAACUGCCUCAGGCAGGAAACUGGAGGAGACCACAUCAGGUGCGUCUUCAAUGCCAGCCUUAAAGGCGGCGCAAACCCAGUGGCCGACUUCCAGCCGGCCAGCUCGCAGCACAAGGAGCUCGUGGAUCGUGACCUGGUCAUGAACGUCUACCGCGACGGAAAGUGGGGCUCCUUCAGGCACACCGUGACGCAGUCACGCCAAGCCCCCCGGCUGUGGACGGAGCAAGCGUACCUCGACAUGCAGAGCGUGGGUGACUUGUCGAGCCUGCAGUGGUACGAGAGUCCCCUGCAAUAUCGGCCGGCCUCGGACGACCGGGUACUGUGCAGCGUCUACUACGCGCCCCUCAACUUCCACGACAUCAUGCUGGCCACGGGCAGGCUGCCCCCUGACGCCCUCCCCAGCAACCUGGCGACGUCGAACUGCGUGCUGGGCCUGGAGUUUUCCGGGCGGGACCCCUCGGGGCGCCGGGUGAUGGGCUCGGUGGCGGCCGAGGGCAUGGCAACCGUCGUGGCGGCCGACCCGGGCUUCCUGUGGGGGGUGCCGGCAAACUGGAGCCUGGAGGAGGCGGCGACGGUGCCCGUGGCCUACUCGACGGCCUACUACGCCCUGCUGGUGCGGGGCGCCAUGCGUCCGAGGGAGGCCCUGCUGGUGCACUCGGGCAGCGGGGGCGUCGGCCAGGCCGCCAUCUCAAUCGCCCUCUCCAUGGACUGCACCGUCUUCACCACCGUCGGUUCCCAGGAGAAGCGCGAGUUCCUGAAGCGGCGCUUCCCACAACUGCAGGACCGCAACUUCGCAAACUCUCGGGACCUGUCUUUCGAAGAGCACAUCCUCCGCGAGACCGAAGGCAGGGGGGUGGACCUGGUGCUGAACUCGCUGUCCGAGGAGAAGCUGCGGGCGAGCGUGCGCUGCCUGGCCACCCACGGCCGCUUCCUGGAGAUCGGCAAGUUCGACCUGACCCAGAACAACGCCCUGGGCAUGGCCGUGUUCCUCAAGAACGUCAGCUUCCACGGCAUCCUGCUGGACGCCCUGUUCGGGGACGACCCCCGAGUGGCGGCGGACAAGCGCCGGGUGAUCCAGCUGGUGCGCGAGGGCAUCGCCUCGGGCGCCGUGCGGCCCCUGGACGCCGUCCGCUUUGCCCGGGACCGCGUCGAGGACGCCUUCCGCUUCAUGGCUUCCGGCAAGCACAUCGGCAAGGUGGGUGCUCGAGGUGGGUACCCCCACGCCGCUCGCCAGAUCGUUCUGGCCAGUGUUACCGUCGCGCUUUCUUCCUCCUACGACCGUCCCACCUGUCGCAAGAAAACUGUGCGGCCCGAGGAGCCUCAGCGGCAGACGGUGGCGCCCACGCCCCUCUCGUUGAAGGCCCACGCCCGCACCUACUUCUUCGAGGACAAGAGCUACGUGGUGACCGGAGGCCUGGGCGGCUUCGGCCUGGAGCUGGCCGACUGGAUGGUGGUCCGGGGCUGCCGCAGGCUGCUGCUCACGGCCCGCUCGGGCGUCCGCACGGGCUACCAGCGCCUCUGCCUGCACCGCUGGCGGCUGGCCGGCGCCAAGGUGGCGGUGAGCCGGGCGGACGCGGCCACCGAGGAGGGCGCCAGGGCGCUGCUGCAGGAGGCCGCCGCCCUCGGCCCCGUGGGCGGCAUCUUCAACCUCGCCCUGGUGCUGAGGGACGCCCUGUUGGAGAACCAGACGUCGGAGGCGUUCGAGACGGUGUGCCGCCCCAAGGUGGCCGGCACCCUGCACCUGGAUGCGGUGUCCCGGGAGCUGUGUCCCCAGCUGGACCACUUCGUGGCCUUCUCGUCGGUGUCGUGCGGCCGGGGCAACAGGGGCCAGACCAACUACGGCUACGCCAACUCCGUCAUGGAGCGCGUCUGCGAGAGGAGGGUGGCCGACGGACUGCCCGGCCUGGCCAUCCAGUGGGGUGCCAUCGGCGACGUGGGCGUCCUGCGGGAGACGAUGGGGGCGGACAUGAUGGUGGGCGGCACGGUGCCCCAGCGCAUUGCCUCGUGCCUGACGGUGCUGGACCACUUCCUGCGCCAGGGCCACCCCGUGAUCUCGAGCCUGGUCAAAGCCGACCUCUCCUCCGGGGCCAAGGCCAAGGACAAGCACGACCUCGUCCAGUCCGUGGCACACAUCUUCGGUGUGAAGGACCCCUCAAGCCUGAACCCCUCUCUGACCCUGGGGGAGCUGGGAAUGGACUCCCUGAUGGGCGUCGAGGUGAUGCAGACCAUCGAGAGGGACUACGACCUCAACCUGUCCAUGCAGGAGAUUCGGCAGCUCAGCAUCGGUCGACUCAAGGAGAUCGGCCAAGGGGCCGCGGCCGGAGACUCCACCGCACCCAAGGGGGCAGAGGACUCGUCGGUGUUGGAGGUUCCCCGGCUGACGCUGAUGGAGAAGCUGGUGCCGGACCAAGUGUCGGUGGAGAUGAAUGGGCGCCCCGGCGAGCCGGUGUUCCUGGUGCAUCCCAUCGAGGGCCACGUGGGAGCCCUCUACGAGCUGGCCCGGCAGCUGCCCGUGCGGGCCGUCGGGCUGCAGCGCACGCGCGACGUGCCCACACGCAGCAUAGAGGAGCUGGCCUCCAUUUACCUCCAGCGGCUCGUGGAGGUGCAGCCCCAGGGGCCGUACCACAUUGUUGGCUACUCGUUCGGCGCAACGGUGGCCUUUGAGAUGGCGGUGCAGCUGCAGGGGGCGGGGGCGGGGGCCCCCGUGGGCAGCCUGGUGCUCCUCGACGGGUCGCCCAACUACAUCGAGGUCCAGACGGUGCACCACCGCAUCCAAUUCACCGACGCCAACGAGGAGGAGGCCACUAUCCUCUGCACCUUUCUCAUGCAGUACCUCGACAUCGACUUCCUCCAGGACUGGGCGAAUAACUAG